AUGUUUAGCCUUGUAGUCCUUCCAGAGCUCAUCCACGCUCUUGCCAAGCAACUCCUUGAAAAACGUCACGUUAUAACCAUCUCUCAUCUUCUUAUUAAGCUCAGCUACGAAACCGUUGUUCUUCAGUCCGUCGCAAUAAUCCAAAAACAUAGCCGUAACGUCGUACCCUUGGUCCCACUUAUCGCCCUCCCCCGGUUUGACCCAACGACCCGGAGGUGGGGCCAAACCAGCUCUCAACCUAACGAAAUCCGCAAUCCCUUCAAUCAAUCCACCCGGGACACUUUCCCCUUGCUGGCCACCGAACCACUGCCACACGUGCGUCAUCUCGUGAUACACCACCCCGGCCACCUCACGCCUGACGUCAUCGCCGCCGUUGGAGUAGUUCCCCACGUAGUCGGCGCCGAGACUGAUCUCGUUGUCCACGGUGUACGCCACGCCGUCCAUGUCCUUCACCAGCAACGUCACGUUGGCGAACUCUCUACGGCUGCCGUUGGUCGUCUCGCGGAAGACACUCGUCCAUAUGAAAUUGGUGGCGUUGGACAUGACGUGGCAGGUGUAGUUGGUGCCGACGUGGCGCGCGAAGAUAGCGCCGCCGGCUGUUUUCGGCGUGGUGUUGAUGGCGGUGAAGUUCACCACUUCGCCGGGCACGUCAGAGGCAUGGGUGGCGGCGACGCCGGAAAGGGAAACCAAGAGAGAAAGAAGGAAAAGGUUUUGAGACAUGUUUAUGUUUGCUAA